GGUAUUAUGAGAAUUUUCCCCAGCGUUGCCCCUGAGUCCCUCCUCGGUUUGAAUAAGGACAAUGAGGCUUAUAUGAGAUAUUUUAAUUGGUGAGGAUUCUGCACUGAAUGACUGUAACCCUUGUUUCAUAACUGUGGUUAAAAUAAAUAAAAAAAUUACAGUAGUUAAGUUUUUAUUUAGAGAACAACUCUGACAUGAAUUUCUACCCAACACCCAUUAUUAGCAUCAUGAUUGCAAAGCUUUAUUGUCCUUCAGCUUAAACAAUCGAUUUAAUUCAAUAUAGCACACACAAAACAACUAAUACACCAUUGGAUUGGUUCUUUCUUGACCCAGAAGCUGUAAUUUUUAGUUUGCAGAACUAACACAUGCUCAAUUUCAUGAUAAAUUCAUAUUAUUUACAAUAUCUUUGUCACAUUUUCACAAAUAACAGCGAGUCACCUGCCUCUAGAGUCUUGUUUUCCACAUCAGCUGCAGAUUACGUCACUCAAAAUGUCCCAUGUUGCUUAAAUAUUUAUGAGUUGAUAGAGCAGAGAUCACAGCAGAUGCUCACGAUCUAAACUAGCAUUCACUGUUAUUAAGUUAACCAUAUUAAAUGCAAUUUCCUUCAGGUGAAACUCUCAGGAAAGGGAAUUAAAUCCAGGAAUAGAAGAGGGCAGAAGUGUGAAAACAUGGUUAAUCAUUUCUGGUUGUAGAUAUGCACUUGCUGGAAAAGCAGAGUCACGAGCUGUUACCUUCUUAAUCAAAGACUGUAAAUAUCACUAAUGACGCAGAAGUGGAUAAAUCUACCACCCAAAGCUGGAAGUAAUAUAUAAAGAGAACAAACACUGAGUUCCAGAAUGUCUGAAGAAAGCAAACAAAAACAAACAAAAAAACAAGAACUAAACAAGUGGGAGGGGGGUUCAGUUUUUGAUAAAAUGAUCUCUGUUCUAUUUUAUCCAUUUAUAAAACUUACACAUCAGUGUAGCUUUUAUAUUUAUAUUUAAAUGACAGGUGUUUCCUGUCUGUGGUUCCGUUUAACGAACGUCAGCAUAUGUCGCGUUUCAUCGCUGUGGGCGGAGGCUGAGACUCACGAACUCCUAGUAACGGCCCUGGAUGUGCACGCGUGCACUGUUUGUGUGUGUAUAUGGGUGCAUGCUUGCGCGCGCGCCAUGGCGUUUAAGUACCCUGGACAGCGCCGUGCGUUACGCACAGAGGAACUUCAGCCGAACGCUCCUUUACCACAAUAAUCUCCAACCAGAGAGCCAACGCUUUCCCUACCUCCAUGUUUAAAUAGUUUGUUAGCCGCUUCUGUAAGUUCGCUCCUCUUCUCUUUGCGCUUGGAUACACUUUUUUCGCCUCUUCCAGCCGGAUAUGAAGCAGUAGAGCAGUGCCGCCCUCGGAGCAUUGAGAAGCGGACUCCCGCCUCAGCGCCUCCCUCCUGCUGGAGCUGGAGAGAUGCCCGGGGCAGGAUGUGCUCCAGCCGCAAGAUUCUGUGGAGCCUGCUCCUGCUGUCCUUGGUGGAGGUGGGCCUGGGUGUGGCGAGCAUCGUCCUGGGAGCGGUGGGCAUCAGCUGGGUCCGGGGCGAUCAUAAACCGCAGCAGGGAGACGCUUCUCCGGUCUGGAGUGGACUCUGUUUUCUGGUCUGCGGGAUGUGCGGAGUGCUGUGUGCUCGAAAGAGGACUGGCCUUAUUAUGAUCCUCUUUUCAGCGUGCUGCAUCUGUGGGCUCAUUGCCGGGAUCUUAAACGUCCAGUUUGUUCGGGCACUGAACAAACGGCCGGACAAGAUGCAAACAAUCCACCUGGCUGCAAUGACUCUGGCUUGUCUAGGGAUCUCGACCUGUACCUUAUCCACGUGGCUGACUUGUCGCCUGGCAAGCUCGGAGCAGCAAAGGAUGUUCUUGGAGAGGGAACACUCGCUACAUCAUUCCCAUGAGAUGACAGAGAAGGAGGUCCUGGACAACUCCAGUAAUGGUAUUCCUCAGAUCUCCUAUAAUGGACACACCGCGGCGUCUCCUUGAGGAAGUUUCAGCAGGAGAUGAUUUGCAGUCUUAAACAGGAGCAGUUACUAAAACUCAUGCUGUCACGCAGCUAAUGCAGCUUGUAGUAGACUGCGUUUAACUGUAUCCUGACUGCAGGGACUGAACCAAAUUUGUCGCCUUGGAACCCGUUUACCUGCUGACUGAGUGAAGCGGACGGCAUGAAGGAGCCGUUUGUGCUUCUGAAUAUUAUGCAAACAUGGGUUCAAAUACCUUCGGUUUAACUCACACCAAAGCCGGGAUGGUGAGCUGCCGUUUGGAUGACAAAUGAGGUGACAGACAUCUGCGUGAAAUCCUCCAAUUUGUGAGCGGGAAGGAUACAUUUCAUCCAGUCAGAUCAAAGUGAUGAGCACAAACCAAGCAUGCAGCUGAUUCACUUGUUUAGAAGAGCUAUUUCAGUCUCAUCGUCCUUAUUCUCUCCCUCUCUGUCAUGUUAUUGGUUUAUGGAAUCCAGAUCUUGAGAUAGCCUUUGGUAAACUGUAUGUAUCAUCUGAUAAUGGAAUGCUUUGAGAGAAAAAAAUUACAGUAAUGCACAAUGUACUGUAUGUAUCCAUGCUUGUAAAUCAAACAUAUUUUUAUAAUGCUUCUUAUAAAGUUCAUUCAAUUAAAGUACGACUAAUAAAAGAA